AUGUCUCAACCUGCUGGCCUGCACACCUGCAUCCGUCCACUACCUGCCUCAAAGGGGCCCGUCUGCGGAAGGCCUUCUACCUGGAGUCCACCCCCACCAUUGCUGGACCCCUCCACCGCCAUCGCCAGAGAGCCCUAUAUCUUGCCGAGGACGCCUGGGACCUCCACAGUUUCUCGCCACCUUCAGUCGCACGAGCAUCUCACCAUGUCUACCCAAACUGCCAUGGCCUCUGCUGGAGUCGAUGAGUGCGGCAUUCGAGCUACUGAUGCCCCUGUAUGCUCCUUCUACCACACGACUGGGCCCGAGACCUGCUGGGAUACUGAGUGCCCCAAGUGCGGCCCUGAGAAUAGAAAAUUAGUGGAGCAUCCACGUCCCGCCAAGGACGAGUCCGAGGAUCAACCCGAAUUGCCAUUGAAGAAGAAAUUCAAGCCCAACCCGACUGUAGCAGAGAAUCAGACUUCUGCUCUCUCUACUGCCCAACCGCUGCAGCCUUCAUCUGUCUCAUCGUUGGAGCUGCUCUCACCCUCUAUGUCGACUGUCUCUACCAUUGGGACAGGAAACGACUCCCUCUCUGGCUCCGAUUCGACGGUCACAUCAACAACACCCUGCAAUGAAGGUAUGACUGAAAACGGUGAUAUCGAUGUGUUUCUUCAUGGGAUCGUCAUGUGCAUUAAAGAAUGCCGCCCCCAAUGGCUCACUCAACUGCUAAAGCAUAGACGUCGAACCACGGCAAAAUGGUCUCCACGCUACAAUGCACUUCUUGAAAUGAGGUUCGCUCUAAACUUUUCAAAGUCCAAGUAUUUAGUAAUGGGACUAGAUUACGAGAGGGAAUUUGCUCCUUUUGUGUCUAUUGAAAAUGGUAAGGGGAGGGGCGUUGUCUUGGCCACGAAGGAAUUGUUUGAAUUAAACGAGCCAGCAUGGCUUCAAUCUGUCGAGGAACAUUUUAAAGAUCCCUCCUACCAAGUACGCACUCGCUGUACGAAGCGUCAUGAGCUUCGAUGUGGCAUGCAUGAUGGAAAAGCCUGUGUACAAAUCUCACCCUUGGUUGGCAAAGGAGGUUACAUUUGUUUGGGAGAAUCGACCUGGCGAACCCUUGUGAACUUAUAUUCCUUUGCUGAGAAGUAUUUGGCUCUUAUCCACUUAAUUAGACAAGAUCUGCCUCCCUAUCUCAUGCGGCUCCUGUCCACGCUGGCUUAUGAGUGCGGUGGGCACGAACGUACUACUCUGGAGUCCAUCAAGGAUUUUUUGCCUCAGCUUUUCGGAGUGCAUGUUGACGUAGAAAUUAACCCAUUCCUAAAUCGCGAGACUCUUCAAAGUGCUAAUUUCUUGGAGGCUCAAUUUUUUAGUGAACUGCUAUUUGUGUAUCCCGAAAUGACGUCUCAACUCAUAUUGUACACCCUUAAAAAGGGUCUUAACGACUCCCGCCAAUAAAUUUUUCGUUUGUAUUUCCAGAACAACGGUGUUCUUUUACGUGGAAAGGCGUGUACGUGGACCCCCUUUUUAUGAAACUUCUUGUAUGCCUCCUAGUUCACAUGUAUUGUAUGUUAACAUCAACCACACUGAUUCCCCCAACCGCGUGGGGUAAAACGAUGGC